CUGUUGCUAUCUUUAGCACCAUUCUAUUUUCAGAGCAGGCAGAGAGGCGGCAAUACAACUCUACACACUCCUAGCACACCUUGAAAUAUCAUCAAGCCUGAGGAAAACCUUGUCAGUCCUAGCCUGUGUCACUUUGCCAUAGUGUAUUGUCACCAGGAACAAGUUUGAGGUAGAGGAACCUCAGAAUGAGAUGGAGGCCUCCAGAAGCCAGGGACUCGAAAGAGCUGCCGAAGCCCAAAGUGAGAGCCCCAAGCUGGGGGAGGGAGCACAGCAGGCAGGCUCUCUGAGGGUAAGGUUGGAAGGGAGCGUUUUAACUGUGGACCGGGCUUUGCUGGAGCAGUGCAGCGAGUACUUCCGCGCCCUCUUCCGGUCUGGCAUGAGGGAGAGCCAGGAGGAUGAGCUGCAUCUGAAAGGAGGAGUGCAUGCACGGGGUUUCCUGAUUGCUUUGGCAGUGUGCAGGGGUGAGAAACUUUCUCUACAGGACCCGGAAGAACUAAUAGAGGCCGUGGAAUGUGCUGCCUUUCUCCAGGUGGCGUCACUGUCCCAGCAUCUCUGCGAUAUCAUUGACUCUGACAACUGCCUCCUGCUCUACCACGCAGCGGCCAUCUUUGGUCUACCCAACCUGUUCCACUGUGCUGCCCUGUUCCUCUGCGACGCCUAUAGUGACCUAAAGGGGGAGGCAACAAGCACUCUACCUGAGGAGUUGGUACUGUAUGCAGAGUCUUUGUCGCCAGCAUCUUUCGUCGCUUUGGGAACCCACUCACCCUCUAUGGAGCUGCUGAAGGACUCCUUUAGGACUGUGUGUUACCUGGACGAGGUGGAGGGAGAGUGGAGGCACCUAACAGACCUCCCCACCCAUGCCAGCACCUCCAUGGCGGGCAUCGCCGUCCUGGACAACCGGCUGUAUGUGGUGGGGGGUAUUUACGGCUAUGGCAAAGGCACGGUGGACGGCGGCUUCUGCUACGACCCAAGGACGAGUAUGUGGAGCGUGCUUCCUGGACCCCAACAGCCCCGUGCCGACUUCACCCUCCUGGGGCACGAGGGGAAGUUGUACGCUAUCGGCGGUGAGCACCAGAAAAUAACCAUGUCCUCCGCCGAGGCUUAUGAUGUAGCCACAGGAGAAUGGGCGUUCGUGCAGUCCGCACCACGGCCUGUGGCAGCUGUGGCAUGCGCCAUCGCACGAAGGCGGAUGUUUGUGUGUUUCUGGAGGCCGCCAGACACCACGGAUAUCUACGAGUACAUCCCGGCGAAGGACGAGUGGAUGUUAGCCACCACGAUGAUAAGGCCACAGAGCUACGGACACUGUAUGGUGGCCCACAGGGACAAUUUGUAUGUGAUGCGCAAUGGGCCCUCGGACGACUUCCUACGCUGCCUCAUGGACCGUUACAACAUCACCACGGGACAGUGGACCGCUAUACCAGGAAGUUACAUCAACACUAAGGGAGCACUGUUUACCGCCAUGGUCAGGGGUGACUCUGUGUUCACGGUCAAACACAUGCUAACUCUGGAGUAUACCAUUACUGGGGACACAUGGAAACCCCGUAGGGAGACGAAGAAAGGCUUUCCCAAGAGUGGCUCACUAUGGACAUGCUUACUGAGGCUUCCCAAGGUUGGUCUGUAAUGGUGUACACUGAUAGAGCUGUACUACGGUGCUUGGGGGGGGGUUACUGUAUUAAAGUAUGGGUUAACUUCAGCCACCUCUCCCCUGUCUCUGUUCAGUCACAACACACAACAUUGUUAUAUGGUGCCAGAAAUAAACAGUAACACGGCCCAGUUAAACCCCAGGAGGCAGAUUGAGGAAAAACAACAGAGAUGAGAGAAUUAAGCGAUUUGUGGAAAACCUCUUAGAA